AUGCCGUGUCCUCACACCCACGAUCCCGGGCUGAGCUGGCUGUGCCGCAUGUGGAGCUCGAUGUCGCAGGAGCGCGGCGUGCAGGAGCGGCCGGAGAGUCGGGAAGAAGAUGACAGAAAAGUAAGGAGGAGAGAAAAGAAUCGAGUUGCUGCGCAGAGGAGCCGGAAGAAGCAAACGCAGAAAGCAGAUAAACUUCAUGAGGAAUAUGAGUCUCUUGAGCAAGAAAAUACCUCCCUGAAAAGAGAAAUCGGAAAGCUAACAGAUGAAAUGAAACACUUGAGUGAAGUGUUGAAGGAUCAUGAAAAGAUCUGUCCACUAUUGCACUGCACCAUGAACUUUGUGACCAUACCAAGGCCUGAUGCACUUGCCAGCUGCCUACCAAGAUGAGUGCUCUCCUCAAUCACCUCUCAGUGUGAUGUGUGAAAGUGCCAUUAACGGGAGGUUUCAAGAGCUGCCGCAGCUCUACUCCACGUUGAAUUGUUACAGUCUUCUGAAUCUCAGGAAAACACCAGCAUGGAAAAAAAGACAAUUUGAACAGCAGCUUCUAACUUGGUAGACUCUUCAAGCCAUGGUUUUGCCUUUGGAAAUGUCAAAGUGCCGUGCAGCUCACUAUGGAGCGAUGGAGUGUAGACAGGGAAAAGUACCAACCCCAGCCUGGAAUGCCUUCCUCCCACACAUCCACUGCCAGUAACCCUUUGUCACUUGUCACCCAUGCCUGUCAUGAUCAGGCUGCUGGGUUUUAUCUCUCUAAACAGGUUUGGUUAAUAAAAGUGAUGUCUCAUCUCUAUAAUGUUCUCCACCUUCUUCAAUAAUCGAUGUCUUUAUAGCAUCUCUGCUUUUCAUUUGCUGGUUGAUGCCAAAGUCUAAUGCUAAUUUUGCUGUUAGUUGUUCUAUUAUUUACUUAUCGCCUCUUCAUUGGUUCCUCUUUUGAAGUGUGUGUAACAAAAGGGUUUUCUUAGUCUUUAAUAUUCCAAAUCAUCAGCCCUACUGGCAUUAGUCCUUGGAGUAUUUUAUAUCCUAAAAUACGGCCUGGUCAGUUUCUGAUGGUGAUUGUCUGCUCUGUGUGGAAGAAAAGCAAACAGAGUUUGAUGGUUUUAAACAUUGUUUUGAAAAGCAGAUUUUAAAAUUUACUCUCUUAAUGCACCCACUGGAAAUGAACAAGUAUCUUCAUCCUUCCUUCGUCUUGCUUAUUGCCUCUGGAAGAUUUUGUCUGUGGAUUGAGUUUUGCUAAGCAUUUUGUUCUAUGUCCACACUGAAGGUGUUUGAUAAUUGCUUGAAAGAAAAACAUUCUGUUUUUCUUUUUGGUUACAAAAAGGAAGUACGAUUGCAAUGUUAUUGAGA